GCUUAGGAGAUGCCGGCAAAGGGGUCAAGUGGUUCUGGAAAAGGGUGGAAAGGAGAUGCAGCCUCUAGGAGUGACAGUGCUGACAAGAAGGCUCAGGGCCCUAAAGUUGGUGACAACGCAGUAAAGGUCAGACACGUUCUGUGUGAAAAACAUGGCAAAAUCAUGGAAACUAUGGAAAAGUUAGAGUCUGGAAUGAGAUUUAGUGAAGUGGCCACACAAUAUAGUGAAGAGAAAGCCAGGCAAGGGGGUGACCUGGGUUGGAUGACCAGAGGGUCCAUGGUAGGACCCUUUCAAAAAGCAGCAUUUGCCUUGCCUGUAAGUGGGAUGGAUAAGCUUGUGUUUACGGACCCACCUGUUAACAUAAAAUUUGGAUAUCUUAUUAUUGUGGUUGAAGGGAGAAAAUAA